GGCGUGAAUUUUGAGCUGACUCAUUGAUCGUGGCCUGACGCCGUGGGGCUUUGAGUGUCCUGCGUCCGUGUGUGGGCUGCUGUCCCUUCGCCAGGUCCUCGCAGAAUCGGGGGUGGUUUAGGACCCGGGGCGGCUCUCCUGCAGGAUUGUGGAACUCAAAAGUUGAGGCUGCCGGAGCGCGGGCGGUGACUGUCAGGCCUCCUGUCGUGGUCACGUCUGCUGUCCCAACUCUCUUCCCAGCCCAUCGACUCCAGCCGGGAUGACGGGCUCACUGUUCAAGGGAAACUUUUGGAAUGCAGACAUCCUCAGCACCAUUGGCUAUGACAGUAUCAUCCAGCAUCUGAAUAAUGGGCGCAAGAACUGCAAAGAGUUUGAAGAUUUUUUAAAAGAAAGGGCAGCGAUUGAGGAGAAAUAUGGCAAAGAUCUGCUCAGCCUCUCCAGGAAGAAGCCAUGUGGACAGUCUGAGCUCAACACCCUGAAGCGGGCCCUUGAAGUCUUCAAGCAGCAAUUAGACAGUGUGGCACAGAGUCACAUUCAGCUUGCACAGACUCUAAGGGAGGAGGCCAGGAAGAUGGAAGAAUUCAGGGAAAAGCAAAAGCUACAACGGAAGAAGACAGAGCUUAUAAUGGAUGCCAUCCAUAAACAAAAGAGCUUACAAUUCAAGAAAACCAUGGAUGCAAAGAAGAAUUAUGAGCAGAAAUGCCGGGACAAAGAUGAGGCGGAACAGGCUGUCAACCGGAGUGCCAACCUGGUAAACCCGAGGCAACAAGAAAAGCUUUUUGUCAAACUGGCAACUUCAAAGGCUGCAGUAGAGGACUCUGACAGAUCGUACAUGCAGCACAUCAACGCACUGGAUAAGGUCCGGGAAGAGUGGCAGAGUGAGCACAUCAAGGCCUGCGAGGUGUUUGAGGUUCAAGAAUGUGAACGAAUAAACUUCUUCCGGAAUGCAUUGUGGUUACACAUGAAUCAGCUGUCACAACAAUGUGUCACAAGUGAUGAGAUGUAUGAAAACGUCCGUAAGAGUUUAGAGAUGUGCAGCAUUGAGAAGGACGUCGAAUACUUUGUGAAUCAACGAAAAACUGGACAGACUCCACCAGCACCCAUUAUGUAUGAGAAUUUCUACUGCCCCCAGAGGAGUGCAGCCCCACUGGGAAAGGUUGCAGCACCUAACUUGGCAAGGAGAGGACCUCUCCCAAUUCCUAAAAGUUUACCAGAGGACCCUGGUUAUGCCACGAUUGGUGACUACAGUUUGCUCUAUCAGUAACAUCAAGGAAAGCAAAGUGUUUUUCCGGCUAAUGCUUCUACGUCAUGGAAAGAGGCACCGAGAACAACAGCAGCUACAGCCACAUUAUCUCAAUCACGAAGACUUGGAAGUGAACCCCUGCUAUAAUAUUUUGAUAUUUUAAAUUUAUGGUAGAAAUUUAGUACAACUUAAGCUAAUAGAGUUCUGCAGUUUUUUGACAAAGUUUACACAUUGCUCCAGCCUGAAGAAUUAUUCCUUCCUGUCAGUUGCUAAAUUUGUGAAUGAGUUCUGUUUUGUAUUUGGGAAGCAGGCAAGUGCUGACUCUUAAGGGAGUGGAGGUGGCUGCAGAGGAGUCUGAGCCACCAACUGCAGAUGAAGCUCCUUUGGCGUUGGGUAGCAUGGCUAUGGAAUUUCCACGGUGAUACACACUCUCGGUUUUGCAAGAUUUAAAAUUAUCUUCCUUUUUGGCUGGAAGACUCAGAAGCCAUAUGAUUGUACUUUCCCAUUUUACGGAUGAGGAAACAAAGCCAAGAAGUAUAAAAAUCAAUGUCCUUCCUGUUCUUCCAGCUGAUUAGGGACUAGAACCAGAACUGGAGCCCAAGACCAUCCCCUAUCACUAUUCUUCUGAGCCUUCCUGACGCUGUGAUGCUCAUGCUGAAAUUUAAGAUGCCAAAUGUUUUUGCCAGCACUGUUUCAUUUAGGAAAACUAUCAGGGCUUAAAUAUCAGAUUUAUUUUUAUGUGGAUCAUUAUGUAUAUUGAAGUACAAAGCACCAUAUUUUUUAUAAUUUAGUAAGCCACUGAUCAUAAAACAUGCCAUUACUUUAUGUUGCACUCGGAAGGUAGGUUGGGAGAGUUGCCAGUGAACUUGUGACCAUGCCUAUUAGAAAGUGUGUGAAGAAAAGUACAUCCCAGAAUCAAAGAGAUACAGUAUUUUGAUUCUAUUCCUUAAGAGAAUUCUCGAGUUACAAAGCCAGUCUUCAAUCCUGGGUCUUCACAGAGACUCUCUGCCUUGAUAGGCUCUAGAAUGUUUAAAGUGUCCAUCUCAUCCUUACAUAAAUAUUUUGGCCUUUCAGUGUCAUGCACAGACAGCAAAGAGAUCAUCUACCUUUUGUGCCACACUUGCACACUGUGAGGAAAUGGUACCUUUUAAUUAACAGUAAGUUAAAAUCUUGUUUGGUAUGUUGGAAAAUUCUACAUCACCCCAAAGAGAAAAUACUAUCCUCUCCUCCUCUGCUCAAUAGCUUUCCCAGAAGUAUGGACAAAUCGAAAGAAGAUCCAUUAUUUCCCCACUUUUAAUGUAAGAUGCUACUGAAUGUAGCAGCUUUUUGUCAUGACAGGAAGUUUGCAUCAGUUGGAUAUCCUUUUGAGAAACUGAAGUUUGCAAAGGGCCAAACUUCCCCAAACUGGAUGGGCUCAGGAAAUUUCCCUUCACACUCAGAACAUUCUAUCUUUAAGUAUAUUAUUUAUUGUUGGCAAUUCCUCAGGGAUUCACUUUUCUAUCCGUCUGUGUAAUUGAUGUAGAAGUGUUUCAUGGAUGGAAAGUCAUAUUUUUAUUUUAUUGCUUCUUUCCAUUUGAUAUGAAGUAAAAUAAAGGUUGUUGGUGAUUUGGGA